CCAAAACCAAGGUCCGGAUUUGUGACGUCACAGGGAUCUACAGACCUCCUUGACAGGACCGAGAUGAGGAGUUGACUUUAAACCAGCGUCCUGUCGUCACUUGGUGGCACAUCGUUGCUAUUCGGUGCUUUAAAAGUCCAAUUUAGCCCUGUUUGUUUUUAAAGGGAAUCCCCACGACUGCUGCUUCCCACCCCCUUCUUCCUACUCAACCUACCAGCCAAGAGAGCUCCACCGCUGACCGGCGAGGACAAACAACAAACGGACCAGUCACUAAUCCCCGGGACGGUCGCAUCCACGGUGUGGAAGGGGAGACUCUGUCCCCUUUUACGAGAAAUGGACUGGGGCGACCACCAAGUGGAUUAAAUGAAUCGAAGUAAUCACCAUCGAGGGGGGUUAACAAAGCGAAGCUGAAUGUCCAUUUGGUCUUUAUUAUUUUCAUUUGACUGGAGAUGGGGGCUUUUGCGAGCAGACAAAACAUAGGCGUGGAAGAAGUGGAUAUUCCGUCCAAUUCGGUGUACCGUUACCCACCGAAAUCCGGAAGUUACUUCGCCAGCCACUUCAUCAUGGGUGGAGAGAAGUUUGACUCAACUCACCCAGAAGGUUACCUGUUCGGAGAAAAUACUGACCUUAACUUCCUUGGGACCAGACCAGUAGCGUUCCCAUACGCAGCCCCCCCACCUCAGGAACCGGUGAAGACGCUACGCAGCCUUAUAAACAUCCGCAAGGACACACUGCGGCUUGUACGGUGUAGCGAGGACCUAAAGUUGCCAGGCGAUGACGAGGCGGGCAAGCAGCGGGCCUGCUACAAUGUUGAGUUCACCUUCGACGCCGACACGCCGGUUGCCAUCACCAUUUACUACCAGGCUAUUGAGGAGUUUCACAACGGCGUGCCAGUCUACCUGCCCCAGGACAGCUCUCUGCAGUCAGAGACGGUGCACUUCAAGAGAGGAGUGAGCCAACAGUUCUGUUUGCCAUCGCACACUGUCAACCUUAGCGAGUGGGCGGAUGAGGAGCUGCUAUUUGACGCGGACAGGGAGAUCUUCCCAAUGGUUGUGCAGGCCGUGGUCGACGAAGGUGACGAACAUCUGGGCCACUCUCACAUACUGCUAGCCACGUUUGAAAAGCACAUGGACGGCAGUUACUGUGUGAAGCCUCUGAAGCAGAAACAAGUGGUGGAUGGAGUAAGUUAUCUACUGCAAGAGAUCUACGGAAUAGAGAACAAGUAUAACAGCCAAGAAUCAAAGGUUGCCGAUGACGAAAUCAGUGACAAUAGCGCCGAGUGCGUGGUGUGUCUUUCGGACGUGCGCGACACACUUAUCCUGCCGUGCAGACACCUGUGUCUGUGCAACGCCUGUGCCGACACGCUACGCUAUCAAGCCAACUGCUGCCCCAUCUGCAGACUGCCUUUUAGAGCUCUGCUGCAGAUCCGUGCUAUGAGGAAGAAACUCAGUCCUUUGACGCCAACCAGCUUUAACCCUGUAAUCACUUCGCAGACGUCGGACUCGGAGGAACACUCGGCGUCCGAACACAUCCCCCCAGGUUACGAGGCUGUGUCCCUACUUGAAGCACUCAACGGCCCCCUGGCCACAUCCUCCGUAACACCUCCUCUCCACUCCGGUCCCAGUCACGUAACUGGUGCUCUGCCGCCAUAUGGAAGUGAAGCCCACCCGGCGGCGGCUCGCUCCCUCUCCCCACUCGAUCAUUCCAACUCAAGUCAGGGGCUUAAACUCAAGAAAAGUGGUUCAAAGUCUCUUUCCCAGAAUUCCUCAGUGCUUCCCGAGGAGGAAGAUGAGAAGUCUUGCAGUGAAUUAGAGGCCCGUCGCCACAAACUCGCGGUGGAGCCGCAGGAGUGUGGAGUCACGCCAGAUAGUGAAAACCUAACUCUCUCCUCUUCCGGGGCUAUCGACCAGUCGCCGUGCACUGGAACGCCACUCUCUUCCACUAUAACUUCCCCUGAAGACCCAGUGAGCAGCAGCCUGGCCCAGUCAGUGAUGUCCAUGGCCUCGUCCCACUCGCAGCACUCCCACAUCAGCACUGACACCAUGUCCUCCAUGUCAGGGUCCUACCUGGCUGGGGCGGACGGCGAGCCCGGGGGGGGCCAAGAUGGGGUUGACGCGCAGGGAGAGGAGACCCGGGACGCCCCCAUGGAGAGUCGAGGACCUAGCCAGAUUGAAGGGGAGUCAAUAGAACUAAACUACUCUGUUGCUGUCGAGGAGCAGGACUCAGAGGGGAACGAUGUCACAGAAGAAGACCGCUCCUCGCCAUCGAAUGGCAAAGGUGGGCGGAGCAGGUGUCCCGAGUUGGCCAAUAACAAUCAGGGCGUGGCCCUGUGUGACACGCCCUCUUUGGGCUUGGACAAUGAACAGGCUCCCGACGGCCGAUUCGCCGAUCUGAUGUACCUCGGCGACUACAGGCCCGUUUUAGACUCCACCAGCAACCGGGAGGAGCAGGGAUUAGAGAACCGGGAGGGUCAAAAUCCCAAACACCCCCACCGUGGACCCCUCAUUGUGUAGCGCACUGACACACACAUAGUUAAACAUUACUACUCUACUACUACUACUACUACUACUACUAGCACUUCCUACUCAGUGCUUCGUUGCUGGAUAAUGGCUGAACAGGGAACCCUCACCACCACAUCCAACAUCACCACAUCCUUCUUCUCCAGUGAGGUGUUAUCCGAGCACUUUUAUAUAUCUAUUUUAUUUCUUGGUCUGAUUUUAUUUAUUACCCGUAGUUCUAACUUGUGACAGUUUCAUGUUGUGACUUUAUGGUUAGAAAAUGCUGCUGCUCCUCCUUUUCAUCAUCGACGUGACCAGCAAAUCAGUCAGGGGCUACUGUGAUCUGCAAUCACCAUGUCAGGUGGGCUACCUUAGCCUGCUAAAUACUUAAAAAAAAUAAAAAAAAUCCAGCUCCUCUCUGGAUGGCUGCGACUGAAUGUGAAAUGAAAGCAGACUCAGUCCUGAACAUGUAACGAAUGUAGAAGAAGACCUCCCGGAUGGAGGCACCAGUUCAAGGUAGGAUGGGCAUAUGACUUGUUUUCCUGAAUUACAUAGAAAAUAUGCACUCAAUUAACCGAGUCAUUAAAAGACUGCUGCCAAAAGCUAAGGGAUAUUGGUAUCAACCUAAAAUGCGAUAUAACCAAUACUGGUGAAGUUGGUUUGACGUUCUCUGAAAUUUUGUUCCAAUAUCCAACUUUUAGAUGUUUCAGUGCUUUUUGCUGACACUCUACAAAUUCAUAAAUAGACAAGUUAAUAAGUGAGUCAACUGGUAUUUGAAAAGUCCUCUUUAUCAUUUAUCAAAUAUUUUCCAUUUGGAAUAUAGAUGAUCAAUAAUCAGUAAUUUAUAUGUCUAUGCCUGGGUACACUAAAUCCGCUCUUUGAACUGAAAUGGACCCCUUGACCACCUAGCCAUGUUAGCAUGUCAGUAUUGUUGCAGUGCAACUCUUGAAUCCACCACCCAGCAAUAAAAAUGGCGUUAUUUUCUCCUCAGUUUGCACUGGUCGGCUACUUUUAGACACUUUUUUGUUUUUGCUAUUGUAAAGGGACUUUUAGUAAGAGACAUUCACAUUCUAAGGAUCUGUUUUUUUGUUAAAUUUGAUGUUGUUUUGUGUUUUUAUCCAUUGCAAAGCACUGUGUUGUUGAUUAGAAUGUGGAUGAAACUUUGUGAAACAUUUGUAAAAUUUUACAUACACACAAACACUUAACACCGUACUGUAGCUGAUCAUAAAGGGACAUUGAUGCACUAUUAGCCGUUUCCGAGGCGACAUCAUUUUGCGGUGCAUGAGGCUGAAGACGAAGCAUGAUAAGUCCGGGUGGAAGAGCUCUGCGUCUUUUUAGUAUGUGUCCUGUCGGGUGACCCUCCUUAUACCGGGCUGUCACAUGAUCACAGUCACAUGAUCACAGUCUGAAUGUGUCGUAGGUGGUGAAUCAGAAUCUGUAAGAUCAACCCACUUUUGUAGGAUUGUAGGCGUGAAAGUGAGACGGACAAUAAAGUUUUGUUUAUUUGCAACUACACUUGAGUACGGAAGUAUUAUUACAUCCACUCGAACCUACCUGUAUGUCUGUCCGUUUGUUUGUCUGUAUGCUUGUGUUCAGGAUAAACCAAGAACGAAUAAAGGGAUACUUAUCAAAUUU